AUGGCGGGGUUUGCUGAGGUGUGGGAGGGAGAGCAAGGGGCAGAGUCAGAACAUUUGAGGAACAUAGAGAACAGACAUGUGGACGCCAAGGAGGAAAAGCGGGGGGAGUUGGGGGAGGGCCGGGGCUCCCCGCCCACCUUGACUUCUUUCCUUGGUCAGGCCAAAGAGGCUGAGAGUGGAAUCCAAAAACGGAAGAAAGAGAAGGAGGAGAAAGAGGAAGAGGAGGCAGCAGCGGGGGCAUGGAUGGGAGAGGAGGCUCCAAGGAAGGCCCGGGAUGAGGGCCCCGUGGAGACUAAGCUAGAGUUGCACCCGCUACUGAACAGGUGGGCUCUGUGGUUCUUCAAGAAUGACCGCAGCCGGGCCUGGCAGGACAACCUGCAUCUGGUCACCAAGUUUGACACCGUGGAGGACUUCUGGGCGAUGUACAAUAACAUCCAGCUGGCCAGUAAGCUGUCUUCCGGCUGUGACUACGCCCUGUUCAAGGAUGGCAUUGAGCCCAUGUGGGAAGACAACAGGAAUAAGCGGGGUGGCCGCUGGCUGGUCAGCCUUGCCAAGCAGCAGCGCCACAGCGAGCUGGACCGCCUGUGGCUGGAGACACUGCUGUGUCUGAUCGGGGAGAGCUUUGAGGAGCACAGCCGGGAGGUGUGUGGGACUGUCAUCAGCAUCCGAACCAAGGGGGACAAGAUUGCCGUGUGGACGAGGGAGGCAGAGAACCAGCAGGGCGUGCUGCACAUUGGGCGUGUCUACAAAGAGCGCCUGGGCCUCUCCACAAAGACCAUCAUUGGGUACCAGGCCCACGCAGACACGGCCACCAAGAGCAACUCCCUAGCCAAGAACAAAUUUGUGGUGUGA